AUGUCUAACGACUAUUUUAACAGUGAUGAUUCUCCCAACAAAACUAACUCUCAUUUACAUCUUCCUAGCCCAAUUAUAACUCGUCGUAAUCGAACCGCAUCGACUUCAGAAAGGGCUUUGGGUAAUCCAGUAGAAACUGGUAAAAUUAAAUCAUUUUGUCGAGAGAAGGGUCAUGGUUUCGUGACUCCAGAAAAGGGCGGCGAAGAUCUCUUUGUACAUAUUUCGGACAUUGAAGGCGAGUAUGUCCCUCUACCAGGUGAUGAAGUGACAUACCGACUUUGUCCAAUUCCGCCAAAAUUUGAAAAGAACCAAGCCGUCCAUAAUGAAACGUGGGUAUACAAAGGACAUACCGUCAAUAAAGUGGUGUGA